GAGAUGUUCGUUCUGAACAGCAGUAUCAGCAGCAGAAAUUUUCAAAUCAGUCAUCUGGGCCUUCUUGCAGGAAAGACCAGUAUUUUCCAAAAGGGCAAAACAGAGGAGAGAGAGGCAGAGGAAGAGGAGGAUGGCAAGGAGGACGCCAGAGUGUUUCUGAGGAAAUGCCAAAAUACAUAACAGUGUCUACCUUUGCUCAAGCUCGUGCUGCUGAGAUCAAGGCCAUGUUGAAAGCAGUUGCACAGAAGUCUUCAAACUCUCUAGUUUUCCAGACUCUACCUAGGCACAUGCGAAGGCGAGCUAUGAGUCACAAUAUUAAACGCCUACCUAGGCGACUCCAAGAGAUUGCCAGGAAAGAGGCAGAGAAAGCUGUACAUCAGAAAAAAGAACAGUCAAAGACUAAAUGCCGCAAAGCUAGAAGGCGCCACAUAAAUUUGGUAGCAGAGUUUAAUCGCAGGCAAAGAAAGAAUAUUUGGCUGGAAACGCAUAUUUGGCAUGCAAAGAGAUUUCAUAUGGUAAAGAAAUGGGGAUACUGUUUAGGAGAUAGCCCUACGGAGAAGAGCUACAGGGCUUGUUACCGAGCCAUGACAAAACUCUGCCUUCUUCAGGACUUAUCGUAUUAUUGUUGCCUGGAGUUGACUGGUAAAGAGAAUGAGCUUCUGAAGCAACUUGCUCGAAUAUGUAGCAUUGACACAGGAUUAACAUUUGAAGAGGCUUGUUGUCUGUCUGGAAGAUUUGAGGGUUCCCUGAAUCUUUACCAAGCAGAUUGCUAUCCUGAGAAUAUGCUUGGUCCUGUUACGUUUAUUUGGAAACCCAGGGAUGGGUCUGAAAACAGACAGUUGUGGAUCUGGAUGCAUCCAGCUCUCAAACAGGACAUACUGAGAGAGUUAAAAGCAAUUUUUCAGUGUUCAGAGCCUGAAGAAAUCUAUAUUCCUGAGCCUGUUGCAACAUCAAUUCAAGAGAAAAAACAAAUGGAUGUUUUUCUGAGCCUUGGCAAGAAAAGAAAGAAGGAGGAUAAGGAAGGACAAGAAGCUGUGCCGGUGAAAAAAAUAAUUGGUGAUGGCACUAGAGAUCCAUUGCAGUCCUACUCUUGGAUCUCGCAGACUACUGGCAUUGUGAUCAGUGAUAGAACUAUGGAGAUUCUCAGAUAUCGGCUGAUUGGCCCACUAUCACACUCUGUCCUUACAGAGACCUUGAAAGCUGCUUCUCUCCAAACAGAGAUGGCAGAUUCAGAGACAGAACUGAAUAACUGGUGGGUAGAAAACUGCAAAGACUCUGAAAAAAUAUCUCUUCAUCAACGUCAAAGUGCUAUCUUUGAGCUAUUAGAAGGGAUAAGUUCACCAUCAGAAAUGCCACCAGGUACAAUACUGGGCCUCACUGUUGGAGAUCCUCGUGUCAAUUUGCCAAAAAAGAAGACAAAAGCCAUACCAGACUUUGAAAAAUAUCAAGAUAAUGAUAAAGUUAGGCAGCUGUACCUGGAGGGUGUACCUGUAGACUGUGCUCACAGCUUUAUCUGGGACCAGGACAUCUGUAAGAACGUCACUGAAAAUAAAAUCUCAGAGCAGGAUUUAAACCAUAGGAGAGCUCAAUUACUGGUACCUGGAUCACACCUUGAUUUGGGUCCUUGUGAAUCUAAGAUUCCCAUAUUGUUGGUGCAGCAGCCAGGGAAAAUGGCUGGAGAAGAUCGACCAGGAUGGGGGAGUGGCUGGGAUAUCUACCUCCCAAAGGGCUGGGGCAUGGCUUUCUGGAUUCCUUUUAUAUAUCGAGGUGUACGAGUCGGUGGCUUGCAAGAGGCUUUAAAGCAUUCUGAAUAUCAAAGAAUACCUCACACUCCAAAUGAUUUCCCAGACUGCCAAAUGCAGUUUGCCAAAGAACUGGAAACUAGUCUUCUUGAAAAAUUCAAACGACGUCCACCUGCAAAAAGGACAAACUAUGUCAAGCUGGGCACUCUGUCGCCUUUUGUCUGUCCUUGGGGGCAGCUGACGAAGAACUGGGAAGGAAGAAUGAAAGCUUCAGGAGAAUUUGUACAUCCUUCCCCUCACCCUGAGCACUGCACAACUGAAGGGCAUAGCUUUUGUGACCCCAAAGCAGAAGUGGUCAAAGAAGCUUCCCCUGAGACUGGUGAGGUGGAGGAGACCAUGGAAAUGGCAAGCUCUGAAGGUGUCCUAAGGACAGGUGAUGUUACAGGCACCCAGGACUUUGGUGAGAGAGAUGAAACUAUGACAAGAAGUGACUUUAUUGUUCUCAGAAGCGAGAAACUACUAAUGCAGUUGUCAGCCUGGUGCUAUCCCACUGCUGGAAAAGAUCGCCGAAUCCGCCUUAUUUCUCGACUGGGACAGAAGGAAAUGACUGAAGAUGUCUUUUUGCCAAUCUUGACGAGCUAUCCAAGGGCUCUCGUAUGGGUCAACUUGUCUCUCUUGAGAAAGGGAAACCCUGAAUUACAUACCAUGAUUUGCAUUCCAACAGAAGACGACUUGCUGCAUCUAAGCAAAGACAAACUCUUCUGUGGUCCUCAAGAACCCAAACAUCAUGAUAUAUUCAAGCACAAGGUACAGAAACUAAAAGAGGAGAAAAAGACAAAGAAGAAAAACGGUAACACAAAGGCUCUAGAAAGUGACCCUCUGAGCGUUCCAGAUAAAGAGACAACUGAGGAGCGUGAAGACCUCAUUCUUGGCCUUUGGUCAGACGCUCUCCCAGAUGUUACUUCCCACUGCUCCAGAACUCUCUUGGGAUAUGUCACUCGAGGGGAUUUUUCAUUGGCUGUGGGCUGUGGAGAAGCACUGGGUUUUGUUAGCUUGACAGGGUUAAUUUAUAUGUUGCACAACCAACCGGCAGAUAAAAAAGGGCUUGUUUUGUUAAGAACUCCAGCAUCUUUACAGUACAGAUUUGCAAGACUUAAAAUUGAGGUUUAAGUAUCAUUGCAAUG